UGCAGUUCAACAGACAACUGUGUCACGAUGCUUGGCGUUACUGUUUUUUGUGUGUUCAUUCUUGGUACAGCUACGGCUUUAGACGGAGACGUGCGCUUGUCUGGCGGUUCUAGCCAAAACGGUAGAGUUGAGGUUUUACACGGUGGUCGAUGGGGCUCAAUUUGCCUUGAUGGUUGGGAUUUCAACGAUGCUCUUGUAGUCUGUAAGCAACUGGGCUUUCCAUGGCUCAACCGUGACGAUUGGAACUACGAUGGCGGCAAUUUGACGGAACUAGUCUGGCUUAGUAACGUUCAGUGCAAGGGGUCGGAAACCAGACUAGAUGAAUGCGCGAAUGACGGUUGGACAGAUCAUCAAUGUGCCGAGACAAGACGGGCUGCGGCUGUUGCAUGUAUGGACCAGGAGGAAUUUAAAGGGCAGCAGUUUUAUGUGGGCCUUGGCGAUGGCAAUGGCCCGAUAGGUGUUAAAAAUGAAGGACAAGUUACGUUUUGGUAUAGCAAAGAUCUCAUCAUAGGUACGAGGCUUUACCUAGUCUGCGAUCAGGGGUGGGAUCUGGCAGAUGCUAACGUCAUCUGCCGCCAGGAUGGACACUACUCGGCAAAACGAGCCGUUACCGACUCCUACUUUGGGAAUCGUCGUCCAUUACGCUUACAAGAAAUCUCAUAUUUAGCCACCGACUUUGCGUGCAUCGGUAACGAGAGCAAACUCAUCGAGUGUCUGGCCAACUUUUGGUUCCAGGAUAACUGUACUGCUAAUCACCAAGCAGGGGUUCUCUGCAAUCGAAUUAAAGAGCCUGAAGACUUUCAGUUGAGACUUUUGGGCGGCUCUAACGCCAACGAGGGGAGAGUUGAGUUCCACGUCAACGGAACAUGGGGAAGUCUCUGCUUGAAAAAAGGCUACACAUCCUUUGACGAGGAGAGUGAUGUGAUCUGCCGUCAGCUUGGGUUAGGGUACGGCCUGGAAGCACCACAAGACGACCGCUUCGGCCGUGGGUCUGGCCUGGUGGUCUUCCCUACUUACGUCGUUUGUUCAGGCUCAGAAUCCUCGUUUGCUCAGUGCUAUAUGCCAGAUGAACCGGAUCAAGAAUGUUUGAAUCUUGAGGGGAGUAGCGAGGCUAGCGUCAUUUGUAGCGGUCCGAUUCCAGAGGACCGAAGUCCAGUCAGUUUUCAGAGACGUCAAAAGGAUGGCUUGCUUGAAAUUUAUCACGAUGGGCGUUGGGGUGCCGUUUGUGCAAACGGCUGGACAGAUGCCAACUCCAAAGUCGUGUGCAGAGAACUGGGACUUGGAGCCCCGAAAUCGGUAUGCGUCAUCAUUUAUGUGAAUACUGUCGUCACGGCUGCAGUACCAUCCAUUCUCGUAUUCGCCAGCCUGGCGGUUUUCCUGCACUAA